CUUCAAACGGGAAACAAGAUGGCGGCGGCAGGUCCGAGUACUCGGGCCUCUUCCGCGGCGGCAGCGGCGGCUCUGAGUCGGCGGGGCCGGCGGGGCCGCUGUGACGAGAUGGCGGCAACGAAGAGUGGGGCCCCGGGUCAGGGAUCUGGCCCUGCGUUGUUGGUGUUGCCACCGCCACCGCCGCUGCCGGAGGAGUCGAGCUGCGCCGGGUGCCUGGAGACCCCAGGGGAAGCGGCGGCCCUGCCGUGCGGCCACUCGCUGUGCCGAGGCUGCGCCCAACGCGCCGCCGACGCGGCGGGCCCCGGCUGCCCGCGCUGCCGCGCCCGCGGCCCGGGCUGGGCCCGCCGUCGAGCCCGCGACGACGGCCAGGCCGACGCGGAGGUGCUGGGCGAGCGCGCCCGCCGCGGCCAGCCAGAGCGCUGCCGCCCGCGCCGGGACGGGGGCGCGGCCGCUGCGGGGCCCAGGCCGGAGCAGGAACCUCGCGCUGCGCCCGCGGAGUCAGAAUUUAUAUUCAGAGCACCAAUCAAAAUAAGCAAGCCUGGGGAACUUCGUGAGGAAUAUGAAUGCUUGAGAAAGCUGAGAGAAGAAAAGUUGCAAGAGGAAAAAACUUCUGAAGACCAAAUCCACAAGCUGUUACCAGAGGACACAGAAACAGGGAAAAGGAAAAUGGAUGAACAGAAAAAAAGAGAUGAGCCAUUAGUAAUGAAAACAAAUCUGGAACAUUGUCCUGCACGUCUCUCAGAUUCAGAGAAUGAAGAACCUUCUGGAGGCCAGAUGAUACAGACACAUCGCUCGGCAUUUGUUUCCAAGAACAACUCCUACUCCUUAGCUUUCCUGGCAGGGAAGCUAAACUCCAAGGUGCAGAGGAGUCAGAGCUGCAGUGACACAGCUCAGGACAGAGUGAAGAACAGACUCAGAGCAGCUCCAACCAUCAAAGCCAAGGUCACAACUAUGACUCCAGCCUCCAACCCCAUCAUUGGUGUCCUCUUGUCCACUCAAAAUAACCGCUGUCUCUCAGCCCCUGACUUAACCAUCGAAAAGCGUCUGCCCUUCAGCUCCCUCUCUUCCUUGGCUUCCCUACAUAAGCCAGAGCGCUCUAUCAGUCCUGAGAGCAAUGACAGCAUCUCUGAAGAACUGAACCAUUUCAAGCCCAUUGUUUGCUCACCAUGUACUCCUCCUAAGAGACUCCCUGAUGGCCGUGUGCUAAGUCCCCUCAUCAUCAAGUCAACACCUCGCAACCUAAACAGAAGCCUGCAGAAGCAGACUUCUUAUGAGGCUAGUCCCCGGAUCCUCAAAAAGUGGGAACAGAUCUUUCAAGAGCGGCAGAUUAAAAAGACCCUUUCAAAGGCCACUCUAACUUCCCUGGCAUCUGAAACAGGCGAAGACUUACUAAGUUCUGAAAUUAUCCAUUCUAGCAAGGAAAAGCCACUUCUGGAUUCAAAUACAAGACUCCGCAGUAGGCAGGUACUCUCUGAGGAGACUGGACCCACUCCCACUGACCUUGAGUAUUUCCCCUCAGUUAGCCAAACAAAAGCUGAAGAGGACAGUGAUGGUAAAAGGAGCACUGAGAUCCCACUGGAACUCAAAGGGGGAGCCAGUGGGACUUUGGAGGGGGAACAGUUUGAGGGGUCAGGGUCAAUUCCAGAUACCAGGUUAGACAAAACUUACAUAAGCACAGCCGUGAAAAUCUCAACAGUUAAUUCAUUGCUACCCAAAAACAAUGUUUUGGGUGGAGUCCUCAAAACAAAGAAACAGCUGAAGACAUUAAAUCAUUUUGAUCUGGCUAAUGGUGUUCUGGUAGACAGCCUGGGUGAAGAGCCACUUCCUUCCUUGCGGCGAGGUCGAAAAAGACGCUGUAAGACCAAACACUUGGAACAAAAUGGCUCCCUUAAGAAACUGCGACAAACCAGCAGUGAGGUGGGUCUGGCCCCAACAGACCCAGCACUGCGAGAGAUGGAGCAGAAAUUACAGCAGGAGGAAGAGGACCGACAGCUGGCUCUGCAGUUGCAACGCAUGUUUGACAGUGAGAGGCGGACUGUGAGUCGUCGAAAAGGAAGCGUGGAUCAGUAUCUCCUACGGUCCAGCAGCAUGGCUGGGGCCAAGUAGCACUUAAUGAACAGUGUUACCUAUUUUUAAGAGGUCUUUGACCUUGAUCAUUUAUCCAGAAGAGCUGAGUGUUCUCAUUUGGGUUUCUUUUAUGGCAAAACACUGUCUAAUAUGGUUCUGAGAGGGUUCAGGGCCUUGGUAGUCAAAGUACAAGGGAACUGUGUCUGUUUCUCUGGGACUCAGACCAGAAGCACUCCUCACCGCCAAAUCAUCCCCAUUGAAGUGACCACCUCUGAGGGCUUCUGGGCCAAAUCUAACAGCACCCACUUGGAGUGAGAUUUGGAAUGGCCUCAUUUAGGAGCAUAAUUGACACAGUUAGAAAUGGUAGAGGAAAGAGGAGAUACCUUCUCAAGCUGAUAGACCUCCUGACUUCUUUCAACAGGGUGUUGUUUUAAAUCAAUCUUGCAGAUAAAAAUUAAUUCCAUGUCUUUCAAAGAAGUGGAGCAGUGUAGUACUUUGGAAGACCCAAAAUGAUAUUGCUAUAUCCCUCUUUCUCUUUGCUUUUGCCACAAGUACCUUUACCUACCUAAAUCAGUUGAGCAUGUGCUUCUACAAAAGUUAAUUUACGUUCUCUUUUUAAAAAAAUAAUGUGAUUAAUGCUGCAUGGUUGACAUUUCCAAACAGCUUAAUUUGGUCUUUCUAAGAGACCUAACUCAUAAGUGGUACCUUUUUUUCAGAUAAUGAAACUGAAGUGCAGAUGUUCAUAUUCUCUCAACAACUAAGUGGCAUUGCCCAGACUGACCACAAGUCUCAUGGGUAUUCUAUACUAACAGGUUGUCCAAAUAGACUGCAAUCCAGGGGCACCUAAGAAAAGCAGGCUGCGCAUUGAGCAUUGAAAAAUCCAUAUGCAAGUAAUUAAGUUGACAGGAUGUCCCAUUUCCUCUCCUUCCCUCGGUUUACAUGUUGUGUUUUCAUAGGGGUUCCAGCCCGUGAGACCAACUGUAGUGAGGCUUCAUUAACACUUUCCUCAUGGCCAGUGAUUAUCUGCAAUGUUGAUCUAAAAUCCUAAAUUCCCUGAAGUCAGGUAAAGAAUGAUGCUGAAACUCCAUACUGUGGAAACAAGGUAUCUAGCUGGAUUCAGCUGGUAAAUUCAGUCCCAUGGACCUUUGGGGUUUAUUUUCCUUAGCAGCUGACACCAUGUGUCUUUUGCAUCCCUGGUGGUGCUUGGUGCUUCUGCCCAUCUGGGCUCAUUGAGAAUAGAGAUAAAGAAAAUUUUAGGGAAUCUCAGAUGGGCUGGCAUUCCCUGUGUAUGUAUGAGCUGUUACUAUAGUCACAUGACUGGCAUUUUAACAAACCUUCCAGAGCUUAUAUAUUCCCAUAUAUGAUAUCUCCUUUGACUAGCCCCCACAGCAUAUGCAUAAUUUUUCCAAUGAUGUUGUCUUUGGUGAAACAUUUCUGAAAACUGUCUUCAAAGUCUAGAAAUUUCUAGAGACAUAGAUUCACUCCCAAAAUGUGAGAACUGGAAGGCACCUUAAUGAUCAUGUAUUCCAGCCUCCUUCUACUAAGGCAAAAGAUGGGGUCCAGAUCAGACUCACUGUUGAAGGAAGUAAUUUAUAGUACUUUCUUCUCAGGACAGAUCCUAAAUCUUUCGGAGUUACAGGAGAGAGAAUUUUAAGUUCGAAACUAGCCAGAAGCUAUUUGAAGCCUCUGGGAAAGAAAAUUUAUGAAUAGGGUUUGGAGUCAUAAAUGAGGUACCACUGAAAAACAGAGCCAUUUUCUUGUGCAGCUCACAGUUCCCAAAUAGUUCCCAAAGAGAAAUUCCAGAGAUGACUGAAGCAUUAUGGUCAUUACUGAGAUAUAUGGGACCUCUUCAGUGACAACUCUGGUGGGGAGCAUCUCACCUGAAUGUAUGUAUUCUGCAUGUACGCACAUGUGCAGAUGUAUGUUUAAAAAACAUACAUCAAUCUCGUGACUUUAUAUUCACACCCUUUCAGUUCUAGGUCCUGUGUAACUUGUUUAAUUAGUGCCCAAAAUAAAAGAGCUGGCACUGGUCUGCAGAGGACAGGGACGGUGACCUUACUAAAUGCCCAUAGAGAAAACUUUUCAGUUACUGCCAUUUGAUGUAUUUCCUCUUUGAUCUUCAUAAAUAUUAUUGGAAAGGCUAGUCUUAUUGGUAGUGGUAAAGAUACUUAUUUUUCCACUUCCCACCUUUUUCUAUAGCACCAAUAAUUUGAAAAACAUUUUCAGUUUGAAUUGAUUUUUGUUUUUGGUAAAAAAGAUAAAUAUUUUUAAUAGAUGAAAAAUAUAUAUUUUAAAUAUUUCCCCAAGUUAAUAUUUUGAUUUUAAGAACUUGCAUAGCAGUAGCAACAAGUUUAGACUUCAGAUGAAGAGUAAAAAGCUAUUUCUUGUUAGGCGGAUAUUCCAGUCCCAGUUUCUGACCACCCCCGUGCACCUACUGUGAUGCCAAGGAUGGUAUGACAGCUGCCUUGUACACUUCUGCUGAGCAGUAGUCCUUUAAAUGUAGGCAUAGCAGGUUAGGUUAAGGAAGGAAGCGACUUAUUAAUUUUUCAUCUGCUUGGCUUUGGAGGAGGAAAAAAAAAAACCACUAAGGUAUUAUCUGUAUUUUAAGAUGCUUCACAUACUUAAACUAAAAUCUGAACACUUUUUCUGAAAAAAAAUUCAUUUCUUAUUGCCUAUGAAGUUGGUCACAAAUAGAGUUGUUGACAUGAAUUCUUUGGGGAACAGAAGUGAGAGAAAAAGACAAAGAAGGAGAAUAGAAUGAUCGGGCAAUGAACUUGAAUGAGACACAUAGUAUUUCAGAAAACAUAUGUUCUUACUAUUGAAGUCCAACUCAUACAGAUUUCCCACAUCCUACCAAUGUGUUCCUGUGUAUAUAUAGGCUUUCUGUUUUUUCUUAUUAAGGGUAAGUUAUGAGAGGUGGGAGAGUAGGUGUCAUUCUGACGGGAAAUCCAAGAAAUGUGGCCCCCUCAGAAGAGGGCUCUCAGCCUGUUUCUGCAGAGAAGGAAAGACUGGGAACAUGUUCUACAACCAUUGAUUGUAUCAAGUAGAAGAAGUCAUCUGGGUCUGUUGGGUUGGUAACAGAUCAAAGGAUUACGUACCCAGCCUGUGGCCCCUUUCCUUUUAUUCUUUCUUUUUGAAAACUGGUAAGUCUUAGCUGAGGCUUGCCCAGGAAACCUUUCCUAAGUGGCUUCCUUUAUUUUUACAAUUUUUAAUUUUUAAAUUUUUGCCUGGAGGAAGAAUUAAUCAUAAAUAAUGCCUUGUAGGUUUCUAUUCUUUUUUACCUAAAGGAAAAAAUGCCUCUGGGAGGUUAAAAGCUGCUUAAUUAAUUGCUGUCUUAUUAUAAACUGGCAAAUUGCCUAAAUGGGAAGCUGCCAUUAUGCUUGUCUGGUGAAGGCUGUGCUCUUCAUCCUUUCUGCUCAUUUGACAGAUGCUUCCGGAACUCUUAAACUUGUGCCAACCCUGUGCUGGAAAUACAAUGAUGGAUAGUCUCUGCUCUUGAGGAGUUCAAUGUCCAGUGGAAUGUAUUUGAAUGUGUGUGUGGCUGGAGACUAUGUUAAUGGUCUUAUGAAAGGCUCUUUUUUUUUUCUUUUUUUUAAUAGCAGUGCUCUUCAAAGGUCUCAUUAGGAUGUUCAGCACCCAGCAGGCUGCCUUGAACUUUUAGAGAUCGUCAGAUUCAUGAAUUUGAUUGUAACACUACUUUCCAUUUCCUAAGUAAUUUUACCAGGGGAGAAUGAAUCAUCUUUGUUGUGAUUACAGAACAAUGGCCUCUCUUCACUAGUAGCUUUUAGCUCAGGAGCCAAGAAAUGAGGCAGGUUGUGGAUCACUGAUAUGGUCAAAAGUGGCCCACCCCUCGCUUCAGUAACAUCCUAAUGUCUUCCCAGCCUAACCUCUCAUCAAGAGCUGGUGGCAACUUGGGAUUCUUUUUUUUCCUACCUGGCUUCUCACUAAAGUGGAGGGACAGCAGGAGAGCGCGGGGGUGGGGGUGGGGUGGGUCAUAAUUCUAAAAUGUGGUUGGAGUAGGCAUGCAAAUCAAGUUAAAGCCCCCCACCCCCUAUUUUCUUUAACAAAUGAGGAUUCAGUGCCCUGUAUACUAUUUUAUCCUCCAGUUUUCUAGGACCUGAAUAAAUAACCCUUAAAAUUACACACAGAUGUCUCUGCACACACAAUUCAGGAAUGAGGAGGAUACUCCAAUGAUGUGGAAAGUUUUAUAAUAGUUUUUUUGUUUUGAUGUUUUCAGUUAAAAUGAAAAUGUUCCUAUAUCUCCUGAAUACACACUAGGUAGGGAAAACUUUCCCCACAGUGUACUGAGUAAUGUAAAUGGGGAAUCUUGGGAAGUAAUAUGUUUUGAUUGGGAUGAUUGUCAUUUUAAUUACUAAGGGUUAAAAGCUAACCAGCCCUUCAUUUGUCUUUCAAAAUCAGAAGUUCCUUAGGGUCUUAGAUCUUUUUUAGCCCAUCAACCCACAGAGUGAUCUUUUGGCCAGGUCUUUAGCUCUAGCAUAGCUGGUUAUGAAUUCUUGUGGUGAUGAGAAAGUAGGCCUGUGGGGGACAGGUUCUAGGGAAAGAGGCAGCGGAACUGAUUUUCUUCUGAAGAUGAUCCAGAAAUGCAUCUUCGCACAAUUAUUAUCCACUGUAGCUUUCUGAAGAAAAUUGUUCUAUAGAAAAGAGACUUAGAUAUAUGCGGUGGUCAUCAGUUUAGUGAUUAGUCAUAUUGGAUGACAAGGAAAAGUGCCAAGACUGAAUGUGCAGACUGCUCUAUGUAUUACAGUAUUUUCUUUUCCUUUCCUUUCUAGGGGGCACCCCUUGUUGAGUAAAUGCUUUCUUAAUGGCUUGGAAAGUGGUAACUCUUAGUGAGAGGCAACCUCAAACUCUGGCCAGGCUCUCUCCCUACCUUUUCCUGUGUCUUAAGACACCAGAAAAAGCCAAGGUCAAGGCUUGUUUAUUUUUCUUUCCUUUCAUUUAAUGAGACCCAGACAAUGCACUCUUCAAAUAUCAUGCUGUUAGAGCUCAAGAAUACCUAUUGACCCUGGUUCCAAAUUAACAUGGUGGCAGCCAGAUUUCUCCCUGGUUGGCACCACCCAUCCACCAAGCCAUAAUGCCAGAUGGGAAUAGAGCUGUCCCUCAGAGUCAAGUCUGAAUCAAACUGGGCAUCACUAACCCUGAGCUCCCAGCAGAGCAGUUAAAGUUGGAAUAACAGAGUAGGUAUUAUGCAAAGGGGGGAAAUUAUUAUCUUAAAUGCCAACCAAUGGGUUUUCUUUUUGCAACUGCUGUGCUGUUUAACUGUACAAAUACAAUUGCCCUAAGGGCCUUUUCCCCUUCCACCUAAAAAUAGGAAAUGCAUUGUCUAUUGGUUUUAUUCAACCUGCUGUGGCUCCCUGGUGGUCCAGUGAUUAUAAUUUAUUCAACCUGCUGUCUACAAUUGGAGAGGGAACCUGGAUCCUUGUGGACUGCUACUGCUGGCUGUUCCCCCUCCAACUCAUCAUAAAGAGCAUUUUGACAAAGACAGAGGACUCAAACAGGGCAUAUCCCAUCAGGGAUGCUUCUGCCACAACAAAAUGGCAUGGAAUCAAGUGGGAUGAUGUGUUGUUUAUUUACACAGUACCAAAGUGCAUCUUUCAAUGUAUGUAUUCUUGAGGCAAGACCCAAGUUAAGACUACAGUAAAAAAAAAAUCAUGAAAUUGAGUAUUCUGUUGUAAUCAAAGUCUUGUCUCUGGAGAGUAAUCUCAGGCAAACAUGGGCUAUGCUUAGACCACGUGUUAUUUGAUUUUUGUUGCUGCCUUUGCAAAGGGAGAUACCUUAUGUUAGAAUGUUCUGUGCUGGCCAUUCACAAUGAUGGGGAGAUUCGGAGCUGGGAUGGGACUUCCAUGGUACUAUAUCUUCGGAUGUAACUCAUGAUGUAGUUAUCACCAAUUUACAAUUUACUGUCAUUCUCACAUUCAUACUCCUAAUGAAGGCACCAAGAAAAAGUGUGAGUAAAGAAAGAAUGUAUGGGAUGACACUGUCAUAUUAGGACUGUACUUACAAAUCUGAUUUUUAAAAAUACCCCAUUUUUGGAAUCUUUGUUCAGGAAUUCAUCAGUUUCUUAUCCAACAGUGAACAAACGUAUCCUGUUUCAUUUCUUCCAAUUUGGAAGACUGUUGGAAGAAUUGGUGUCAUACAUGAUUAAAUCAGCAUGUGAGGGAUUUUUAAAAUCAUCUGGCCAAGACCUUCAAAAGUAGGAUGGUUAAAAUGAACAAGUUGGAAACAGGACUCACAUAUCUGUUGGCCCAUCGAGGAACAAAUGCUCUACACACCACUCAUUAAUUCCUUGAUAGCCAGGUGUGGCAGGCAGGGAGGUCUUCAGUUACACAUGAAAACUGGCCCUGACAGCAUCUCAGUCCAAAGCUACCAAUUGGUUUUUCUGCCACCUUAAGGCAUUGCCACCUUCUACCUCUAGCCUUAAAUGUGUUACUGGUUGCUUUCUGGGAUAGGUGUCCCCUCCUCUGGACUGGAACUGGCAGGGCUAGAGACCAGGCUGUUUUCCCUUUGCACCCCCACUUUAGGAGGCAACAUGAGAUGUGAGGCAUGAUCUGUACCUACUUUAGUUCUCUUUUGGCCACAUCUGACUCCCAUGGUGCUCACUGGCAACUUGGACAAGUGACUAGAAAAAUAGUUCACGCUGAAGCUGAAAGGAUGAGUUAAAAAUAUGAGCUGCCAUAUGGUCUUACUAGAGGGAUAGCAGUCACUGUACUGCAUGGUGGCUCCCUUCUGGGGGACACUUUUGAUGACAUUUGGGUAUAUGUGAGGGAGAAGGAGCCAGUUCUCUACUAUUCGCUACAAAAUUCUCCAAGAUGGGGAAGCUAAUCAGAUCAGGAAUUCAGAAUGAUCAUCAAAAAUUUAGCACAGUCUAGGAGAGGUGACAGUCCUUAACUAAAAAGUUAAUUGUUUGGCCCACCUAGGUGUCACCUUUUCAGGAUUUUCUCAUAUAAAUGAAGGGUUGAUCUGGGAGGGCAGAAAGCAGAUAUACUCUUAGCCAAAAAGAGGGGCUGCCAGGCACAGAGGCGCAUUCCUGUAAUCCCUCCACUUGUGAGGCUGAGGCAGGAGGAUCGUGAGUUUAAAGCCAGCCUUAGCAACAUAGCAAGGCCCUAAGCAACUCAGACCUUUCUCUCGAUAAAAUACAAAAAAAAAAAAGGGCUGGGGACCUGGCUCUGAUUAAGCACCCCUGGGUUCAAUCCCCAGGACCAAGGGAAAAAAAAAAGGCAGAGGGACUUAGAUAGCAUAGCCAGGUGCUAGAACUGUCCAACAGCCUUCCUGAGAAAGAAGGGUCACCCUUUGGAGGACACAACUCCCUAUCACUUGAUGUGCAAACAGGAGCUUGGUUAUUGGGGAGACUGCAAAAAGCUGUUGGCAUGGGUGUUGUGACAGAGACAUGCCUACAGGCCUUUUAGGCCCAAGAGCCUAUGACUUUAUGGGAUUUCUGACUGAAGGAAGUAGCCCAGGUGGAACCAGUGAAGUUGACAGUGUGACUGUUGGGGUGGAUUCUCUUAACAAUAGAGGAAGGAUGAUUUGGAGGCAGGAGAUCCAAGCUGAUGAGUCAGCACUAUGCCCCAGUACAAGACUGCGGUGGGUCACAGUGUGUUUGCAUUCAGAUCUGUUCAGAUGUUUGUGUGAAUGGGCAAGAUGCAGGUCACUUGGCGUGACCUGUAUAGUAUGCUAUGAUGAUGAGUGUAUCUGGGUAUGACCACAGCUGAGAGUAAACAGUUGGCCACUUGUGUUAAGACUGUGCAGUUGAGUGUGAUAGUAUGUAAAUAUUUAGCUGCAGUUUAGGUUGUGGGAAUCUGCCUUGCUGAAGCUAUUAAUCCUUAUAACUGCUUUCCAGGUCCUGGAAACCCCCUGUUACCCAUGUCUGAAUCGUAGGCAUCCCCGGGAGGAAGGAUUGCCCAGGGGAUUAUGUUACACCCAGCAUUUAUCCCAGAUGUGCAUCCUGCAAUCCAGCCCAGGGGGCCCUCUCCAGAUGCUCCUCUGUACCCUCAAGAAUGGGGCAACCCACAGGGUGCCUUGCCAGAGCGUUACUUUACCAGGAGCCCAGUGAUUGCAUAGCUCCAGUGUGUAUUUUGGAGCCACAGCUCCAUGUUUUUGUAUUCGUGCCUUCAACUUGUGCUUUGGAUUAAAGAACCUUGGGAAACUCCA